AGGAUCUAUAAGGAACGAUCAGUAAAGAUCUAGCAUACAUGGACUGUACUCGACUUCACUCUUAGGGCAAACCAUCAGAACAAGCAGCAGCACAAUGUAUCUCCCCCUUUUACUAGCUGCAGCAACAGCCUCCGCCCGCGACAUCGUCUUCCCGCCCAUCGCCGCCAUCCACAACCCAUCCACUCAAUUCACCCUCCAGAACGACGAGAUCAACAAGAUCGACAUCGUCACCGGCAGCCAAUUCUCCGGCCUCACCACUUUCGCCAAUCUACCCUACGCUAAUUGCUUCGUCGAGGAUGAGAGCCUGACGUAUGAUAUUGCCUUUCUGGGUGCGCCGUUUGACACGGCCGUGACAGGCCGCCCCGGCGCCCGGUUCGGGCCCAAAGGCAUCCGACUCGGCUCCCGCCGCCAGGGCGGGUACGACAUCUACACCGGGGAGAACGUGUUUGCCAGCUGGGCCAAGCUGGUGGACUGCGGCGAUGCGCCAUUGACCUGGUUGGAUAAUACCGUGGCUUUGAAGCAGUUGGAUCUGGCGCAUCGGGUUGUCUCUUCCCACAGAACCAAUACCACCAGCAAGGGAACAGUCCCGCGCAUCAUCACGCUGGGUGGGGAUCAUACCACCACCCUAUCCGCCCUGCGAUCGACGUACGAGAAGUGGGGGGCUGUGUCGGUUAUACAUUUUGACAGUCAUAUUGAUACAUGGGACCCUGAAGUCCUAGGAGGCGGAAUCUCCCACUACGCAGGCGUAAACCACGGCACUUUUCUCCACCUCGCUCAUGAAGAGGGUCUCAUCCGUAACACCUCCCUCCACGUCGGCAUCCGCGCCCCCGUCAUCCGCCCCCACGGUCUGGACCUCGGCAACGACCUCCGCUGCGGCUUCGAGAUGAUCAAAGCGCGCGACCUCGACCGUCUGGGGAUCCAGGGCGUCAUUGAUCGAAUCCAGUCCCGCGUCGGGGAUAGUAGAGUCUACAUUUCCGUGGAUAUUGAUGUGUUGGAUCCUGCGUUUGCGCCUGCAACCGGAACAUCCGAACCAGGAGGCUUCUCCACCCGCGAAUUGCUGUCGAUUCUCGAUGGACUGCGCGGAUUGCCGGUCGUCGGGGCGGAUGUGGUGGAAGUGGCGCCGAUUUAUGAUACGGCGGGGGAGACGACGACGUUGGCGGCGGCGGAGGUGGCGCGGGCGCUGCUGGGGUUGAUGGUUGCAGUGCCGGUUCAGAAUGCUUAGCUGGGGUGAGAAGGAUAUUAUUGCACAAGAUAGAAUCCUGGGGUAUAGAUCGGAUGGAUGUGAUUGGAUUCUGUGAGUAUGGAUACUCUGCAUCGACGGCCAUG